AUGUUGAUUAACCCAUCUCCAGAAAAGCCUAUCUCAUGGAGGGAUAUGCUCGUCGGCCAAUCGUCAAAGGAUACUUUCAAUGAUUCGGAAGGAAAAGAUGAUCUUGAUAUCUUGGAUGGGGACAUUCAGAAAUUAAUUGUGAAUGGCGUGCCCUCUAUUUCUUUCUCGGAUAGGAUUCACAAAAUCCUUAUUCAAGGUAUGGAGAACACCGUGAUUUUAAAAAUUCUUAGUCGUAACAUUGGUUUUUCAUUUUUGCAGAAUAAACUGUACAAUCUGUGGAGACCAUCAGUGCCUUUACAUAUGAUGGAUAUAGAAAAUGGUUACUUCUUGGUAAAAUUUCAGAAUAAGUUGGACUAUGAAAGGGCACUUCCUCAAGGUCCUUGGAUCAUCUUUGGUCAAUAUUUGACGGUUCAAACUUGGACGUUAGCCUUUGACCCUACACAAGCUUACCCAAGUGUUGUGAUGGCAUGGAUUAGAUUUCUUGGUUUACCUGGCUAUUUAUACAAUCAUAAAAUCAUCACUGAGAUAGGGGAAAUGGUUGGAAAAGUGGUUAAAUUGGAUAUUAACACGGAUAGCAGGACUAGGGGGCGAUUUGCUAGAAUGGUUAUUUACGUUGGCUUGUAA